AUGUCUCAAUUGAAGGUGGGCUCAUUUGACUCUGAGCAGAUGGUGAACAAAGAUCUAGCUCUAGGCCCAUUCGGAAUUUAUCAACAUUUUGCGACAAAUCCAUUGAUAGAUGAUCAUGAAAUUGUAUUCACGCAUUCUGUCUUCGCCACUCGCAACAUCCUUGCUGACGACAAUUGGAAGGUAACGGCUAUUCUGGACUGGUCAUGGCCUGGAUAUUACCUAGAGUGCUGA